AGUAACUGCCUGAGCGACACGAUACAGCAGAAACGGGCGCCGUGGAGAGAGAGAGGGACUCAGUCAACGGGACACCGGCCACACGUCACGGAGAGAAGGGGAUAGAGAGAAGGACAGAGGGAACAAACACACGCCAUUAAGUACACCGAACGUUGGUUAGGAUCGGGGAUUUAAUGAAAUGAAAAAGUGGAAUUAAUUUCCUUUGAUAACAGGAAUCUACCGGUGCCGGGUGGAGGAGAUCGCUAAGGACGCCACGCGGAACCUCAGAACGCACGGACUUCUUCAGAAAAGUCCGAGGAAUUACGAGUGACUUUCUUUUGAUAGUGGACAAGUCACUUUAAACUGAUUGUCUUGUUUAUGGACGUUGUUUUGUUUAUUUUCCCGGAUAGAUAGAACUCUGAGUUGACUUUGACAGUACCGUGAGUGAACGCUUGGUCCGCGCCUGGUAUUUAUUGUGUAAUUACAGCUGAUUGGGGCUCAGAGUGAACUAAAGUGACGGAGAUUUAAAUCCAUACCUACAUCUAAAUAAACCACCCGGCUGAUCAGUAAUAUAACCCAUUAAAGUGUUUUGAGAAACACUUUUGAUAUUAACUAAUCGAAUCUUCGGAUGUUUGUGUGUGUGUUUGCACUUCCACUGAACAGGACAGGAUUUUAAACCCACGGCGACGAUGUUAAAAAUUGUGUGUACUGACUUCUGAAUCCUCGUGACGACGAGACGAUGACGUUAGGAGCGUAGACAGUCCUGUGACGUGUACAUUCGGGCGGUCAGUGAUGGAGGGGUCAGAUGGCGCGGGGUCAGAGGUCGGAGUGGAGGUCAACACGGAGGAGGAGGAUAAGUUAUGGCGCGUGUUGACCGGAAGUCUUCAGGAUUUACCUCCCCUCAGUUCUAAGAUCGUCAGGAUCUUCACCAGCUCCACAUUCACAGACACCACCAUUGAGAGGAAUUCCCUGAUGGAAAACGUGUAUCCCAAGAUCAAAGAAUACCUGCGUGAAAACUAUGGACUGGAAUUCCAGGUGGUGGACAUGAGGUGGGGAGUUAGAGACGAGGCCACAGAUGAUCACAUGACCACGCACCUAUGUAUGCAGGAAAUCGACAACUGUCAGCGACUGUCCAUUGGACCCAACUUCAUUGUUUUUCUUGGUCAAAAGUAUGGAUAUCGGCCUCUUCCUACAAUAAUAGAUGCAAAAGAACUAGACAUGAUGCGCGAGUGUGUGCGUGAUGUUCCGGCGGAAGUAGAGUUAUUAGACAAGUGGUACAAGAAAGAUACGAAUACAGUGCCCCCUGUCUACAUCCUACAGCCAAUCAGCACCAUCCUCACAAACUUCAACAACAAGAGGCACGCCAAGCUACAGGAGGCGGACCAGGAGGAAUGGUGGGACACGUUUGGUAGACUGUGUCGGAUCCUGAGGAAGGCGGCCCAGGUCCUGUUCAUCGCCAAGAAACUGGAUAAGGACCAGAUGCACAAUUACUUCAUGUCAGUCACUGAGCGAGAAGUUGAACGAGGGAUCCUUAAAGCCAAAGAUGUGUCCGAGCACUGUCUGGCCUACGUCCGAGAGAUCACCAACAUCAAUGUUCUGUUUCGUUUUGCCGCCAAAUUCAUUGACUUUGCCGCCAGAAAUGUAGACGGCGAGGCGCAAAAGUUUUUGAAAACACUCCGUGAUGAGAAACUUCCCGCCAAAUGUCCGCCAUCCAACCUGGUGAAAUAUACCGUGGAUUGGAACGGCAAGGAAGGAAUCGACCCCGAGACCCACGCGGAGUAUCUCAAAAACUUCAUGGAACACUUCUACAGCUCUGUGACUCGGCUCGUGGACGAGGCAAUGGCUAAGUACGAGAAGCUGUCGAGUGACGCGGUGUACACGGAACAGCUCCAACAUCUACACGCCUGUAAUAACUCUGUCAAAGUGUUCCAAGGCCGAGAGAACAUCGUGAACCAAAUCAAAGACUACAUCCAGGGCCCCUCCAACAGACCCUUCAUUCUGUACGGAGAAAGUGGUUGUGGAAAGACUUCUCUUACUGCUAAAGGAGCUAGCAUGUCAACAAAAUGGUGGCCAGAAAACGCAGAACCAGUUCUAGUUUUGAGGUUUCUAGGAACGACCCCCAACAGCUCCAGCGUGAUCCCUCUUUUAGUGAGUCUGUGCAGUCAAAUAGCCUUCAUUUACGGCCAGCCCAAAGACGAAAUUCCGGCUGACGAGUUGUCCCCAUUGGUUCAGCAUUUCAAGAAACUGAUUACUUUUGCCACCGCCGAGCGACCAUUAAAUAUCGUCCUAGACUCUUUGGAUCAACUCUCUGGUGCCGAUGGCGGGCAUUCGUUAGCUUGGUUACCCACUAACCUUCCUGAAAACGUUAAACUUAUUGUGUCCGCGAUCCCAAGCAUGUAUAACCUACUGGAAACACUGCAAGCUCUUGUUGAAGUACCAGAAAACUUUGUUUCAGUUCUUCCUUUAGGAGAAAAUUUAGGCGGGACCAUUCUUAAGUUCUGGUUAAAGAACGCAAAUAGAGACAUCAGCACUGAACAAUGGGAAAUCGUGAACGACGCUUUAUCUAAAUGUAAUUUGCCGUUAUACGUGAAACUAGUGUUCGACGAAAUUUGCCGUUGGAAGUCAUACACGCCUAUAAAACAGACACAACUUCACUAUACAAUUCACGAUACUAUUAUUAAGUUGUACGAACGAAUUGAAAUUCAGCAUGGCAAAACACUUGUAGCUCAUGCACUUGGCUACAUCACGGCAGCAAAAAGUGGCUUGUCCGAGUCAGAACUAGAAGACCUGCUUUCAUUGGAUGAGAAAGUGCUGAACGACGUGUAUCAGUAUCACUUGCCUCCCGUGCGGCGUAUUCCCCCACUUCUCUGGACGCGCAUUAGAAGUGACCUGCCCCAUUAUUUGAGCGAGCGUGAAGCGGAUGGUGUCAACGUCAUUAAUUGGUAUCAUCGUCAGUUCAUCGAAGCAGCCCGAGAACGAUACUUCAAAAAUCUCAAUUUUGUAAGCGGCAUGCAUGCAAAUAUUUCUGAAUAUUUCCUCGGAAUUUGGGGAGGCGGGAAUCCAAAACCGUUCACGUACUCGGAACAACAACGUCGUAUGUUCCAUUUAUCUGACUUAAAUGGGGAAAGUGACCGUAAAGUUCCGGAGCAACCGCUGGCAUUUUACAACGAGCAAGGGGAAGUAAUUCGAUACAACUUACGAAAACUUAACGAGCUUCCAUUCCAUUUGAUCCGCUCCCACCAGUACGAACAACUGUACAAUCACUGCCUUUUCAACUACAGGUUCCUUCACGCCAAACUCAGUUCUAUGCCCCUACAGAGCGUUCUCGCUGACUUCGAGGACCUGAUGGACCACGUGUUCCAAAAAGACGCAAAACUGAUUGCCGACGCAAUAAAGUUGUCCAGCUCAAUCUUAGGCCACUACCCUGAUAUGCUUGGUCCACAGAUUAUUGGCAGACUCUUACCGUACUACCAGCAGAACGCGAACGUCCGUAGCCUGAUACAGCAGUGUGACAGUGACGGGCUAGAACACUGCGCACUUGUUCCCUCACAUCAUUGCCUUCAUACGCCCGGCGGGCCGUUACAGUAUUCGUUGGAAGGUCACCCCUUCGCUCCUUUUGGAAUUGGCACGACAUCCAAUGGAAAAUACUUGGUGUCAGUUUCAAACAAGUUCAUUAUAUGGGACUUGGCUACCAGUGACGUCUUUAGACAAGUCGUUCCAGGCAUUGGGGGCAUCAUGCAAAACCUCGUUAUCAGUGAAAACGACAAAUACGCAGUCAGUUACACUAACAACAACCAGGUUGUCGUCUGCACAAUAAUGACGGGGGACUUUCUGGUCAUUUCACCAGAUAUCAAGAAUAAGGACGAAUCGAUCAUAGGAACUUGUAUUUCUGUGACCCACGUUGCAACAUGGACAACAUCAAUGUGGUAUCUUUAUACGUUAAACGGUAAAUGUAUUUCAAGUCACGUGAUUGAACUAAAGAUGCCUUUGUUGUCCGUGGAACUCGGAUCGGACGAUAAGACGUACUUAAUCGUCAAGAGCGGGGCCGACUCGGAUUCUGACAUGGCGUUGGAAGUACAUGACAAAUCAAUGUCACCUUUCGAAUUUCACAGUGCUGUGGCAGUAUCAAAGGAUAAAAUGCGAGUGUACGCAUGCAUAGCAAUAAGUGACAAUGCAGUCGCCGUAUACAAGCGAGAAACGGAUGCGUGGAAGUACGACCGAACGCUGGGCGAUAAUUAUGAUGCCAUUUUCUCUCUAAAACUUUCUGAUGACGAAACGUAUUUAGCUGCUACAAUCGCGAGUGGCUAUAAACUAUGGAAUUUGCAGAAAGAUACCUUAGUCAAACUAAGUCUUCCGCCUCGCACUAGGAACAUUCCAAACAAGAACCCUCUUAUUUCUCUUGUGGUCUUUACCAAGCAAAAUCACUUCGUUGUUGCAGCGGUCAGGAAAAACUUGUAUGUGUGGGAUACAAAGCAAGGAAAUAUGGUCAAAGUUUUAGACGCCCAUUUCGGCCGAAUCAUUUCAAUUGACGCUGUGACUUCAGGUGGAAAUAAGAUAAUUUCCUCAUCAAUUGAUAAAACUAUCAAGGUCUGGAAUUUUGACAAUAUUCUUGAAGACGUUUAUUCGAUUGAUCGUUUGGAGAAACCAAUAGAAUUCAUCCACGUGUCCGAUGAAAGUCCCUACGGCGUCACGACGAGCAGAAACUGUGUAGGUGUUUGGGACUUGAAUACGGGAAAGUUGGUGUACACUCUUGAGACACGUGCUGUGGUGACAUUAGCCAGAAUUACAAAAGAUGGUAAAAACGUUGUUGCUGCCGAGACAGGUAAACUUCUUUACUGGGAGGUUGAACAAGAGUCCUCGUUUAGAUCAGUUAUGCAAAAAGACGUUGCUGUUCUGCUUUUAGCUGAAGACGACAUGAGAGUAAUAGCAAUAUCAAAGCAAAUUGGCAACAAAGGUCUUUGCAAGGCGUACAGUUUUCCAGAUGGAGAAACUAUUUUCACAAUUGAAUACAAUUACAAGACAUUUAAAGGAGGUUGCAUUACAAAAGAGGGAAACUUCCUGGCUCUACCUGGGGCUGACAAGAGCGGGGAUGUACUCGGAGUAUAUCAAGCAAAGACCGGCACUCAUCUCUACAACCUACAGCUCAAAUACACUAACUAUAAGGAACUCACCGGAAUCCGUGCAAUGCCUCAUGACACAAACCAAAUAGUCAUCAUAGACGAGGAGAAGGGGAAUAUUCUUGAUUUAAAAAAGAAAACGUUAGUCAGGUCGGUUAUGAGAUGGAAUGGAAUGGCAAUGAAGACGGGAAAAUCUGGUUUGUAUGCUCCGAAUCGAGGAGGCUUAGAUUUACUAGAUCUAAAAUCAGGAAAGACUGUCCGCACGCUAAUUCCACGUGUAGCUGAAGGUGUGUUUAGUAUUGACGUCAUGUUUACUGAAAACGACAAACAUGUUGUGUAUUACCAUUCUGGACAUCGUACACUGCGAGUUUUCCGAAUAUCAGAUGGAACUAGAAUUGCAAACUUUAAGGCUCAUGCUGAAGUUACGUAUAUGGCAGGGACGAUGAACGGCGAGACUUUGGUCGUUGGAGCAGUAGACGGGAGUUUGACAAUUCUUACUAUUGCUGAUCCAGAAUACGACGAAAAUGUAGAGUUUCUGCAGUCUCUACCUAGCCGAAAAUUGGCAAGGAAUGCUAACGGAAUGCCGGGAGAAGGAGAAGUGGUAACAGGAAAGAAUAGUAUGGGAACGGCUCUUCAGGUUGCAAGGUUUGAAUAAACAGGUCGAGACCUCUAUAUUUUGUGACGUCGGCAUAAAUUUGUAUACUAAAUUAGCCAUCUGUUUGCUUUUAUCGACAAGCCAAUCAGGUGAAUGAGUUGCACGGCAUUGUGGGUUACUACAAGUUUCAGUGUAUACAAAGCGUGUUGAAAAUAUAUAUCAUUUGUUUUCCUUUGGAAACUCAUUUUGAAUGAUUUUUCAGAAUUUAGAAAAUUAAUAUGGACAAUUAUGUCUGAACUUCAAUUUGUAUGCUCACAUUUAAAAAAUAUUGCAUAUGAGGACUUAUAUCAACCUAUCUAAAUAUGUAUAAUAUUAGUAUUCAUUAAAACAUAUAAAUGACCUUUUAUUUUCAUAAUCAAAUAAAAAAGAAAUAAACUAGCCUAAGGAUUUGUCGAAAUGUGCAGAUAUUCGUAUUGUCUCCUUUCUUAAUGUUUUUAUAAAAACUGAAGAUUGGCAAAUAUUCACGAUAGUUUGAAUUUCACUACUAAGUUCGCGAUUUAUCGUUCUUCCGCAAAAUUAAAGCCAUUGUAAAUAUUAACAUAAGUUUUUAAAACGUGGUUAUGCUUAUACUUUGAUCAACGGGUUUUCUUGGAGCGUGAAAUUAAAAUCAUCGCGAUUGGUACUUUUUAGAAAUUAUGACAUUUUACCACCGUGGAAUUAAAACGACUUACUCUAUUCAAUAAGUUGUUGAAAUUUAACAUUCUGAGAAAUAUACUUUCAAAAUUCACAUUUAAAUAGAUCGACAGUUUAACAGUGUUUAAGAACGAUCCGUGUGAUGCAAUUUGUGAGUGACUGUAUUUUGUUGUAUGAUAUGGCGACUUAUUAAUGAAAUGAAAAGGAAUUAUUUCACCAUUAAUCAUCACUAGUAGAUAGACCGGCUUCAGUAUGUUACAACGUUUUUAAAAGUAAAUAAGGUUUAGGUAGAAUACUUGAUAAACGAGAUAUACGUGUUUAAUGUGUGUGUGUUCUAACAUAUAUAUCAGGAUAUACAGUGUAUAUGUACGUAUAUUAUAUGGAGAUUACAUCAAUGUAUUAUGUUGUGUAUUCAUUGUAAAUAGAUAGAUCUGUCUAAUAAAUUGGAAAUCAAA